UUUUUUUUUCUUUUAUUUACCGCGAAUUACUCUUUGGGAGUUUCGAGGUGUUAAUUCUCCGCCGCCUGCCAAUACGGUGGCGUCGUCUCCUCCUCCUGCCACCUACAUGUCGACCUCCAGUGCUGGCAAUUCGACUGCGUACUCGGAGGAUCCGAGUAAGAAGAUCCGGAAGCCUUACACUAUUACCAAGUCUAGAGAGAGCUGGACCGAGCAGGAGCACGAUAAGUUUCUCGAAGUUCUUCAAUUAUUUGAUCGUGAUUGGAAGAAGAUUGAAGCAUUCAUUGGUUCGAAGACAGUCAUCCAGAUCCGUAGCCAUGCACAGAAGUAUUUCCUAAAAGUUCAGAAAAAUGGGACAAGUGAACGUGUACCUCCCCCUCGGCCAAAAAGGAAAGCAGCUCACCCCUACCCACAAAAAGCUCCCAAAAAUGCAACUGUUGUACCCCAAGUUGCUGGACCAUCUCAAUCUUCAUCUGCCUUACUUGAAUCUGGUUAUACGUACAGACCAGAUUCAUCAUCAAUGCAUGGAAAUCCAGUUGCCACUUCAGCUUUGUCUUCCUGGUCUGUGCCACCUGUCACUGUGUCUCAAGUGACCAAAGAUGAUGCCAUAUUGGCUAGACCAACUAUUGCACAUAAUUCUUGUUACAGUAUCAGUAAUGAAAGCACACCCAGGACUUGGCCAUUUGGUGAAACAAUUGACCGAGGGGAUCAUGGGAAGGAAUCUAGAGUUAUACCAGAUUUUGCUCAGGUGUACAGCUUCAUUGGCAGUGUCUUUGACCCUGGUGCAAGUGGGCAAUUGCAGAAGUUGAAGCAGAUGGACCCAAUAAAUUUGGAAACAGUAUUGUUGCUGAUGAGAAAUCUCUCUGUCAAUUUGACAAGCCCCGAGUUUGAGGAUUAUGCCUGAAACUAUUUUUGAUGGAGAAGUCUGCUCAUAUAACACUGAAACUACAUUCAAUUUGAAUCUGAAUGGAUCACUCUAUCUACCACCUUCAUUUGAGUUUUCUGUUUAAACGCCAUCCUGUGAUAUUGUUUUAGAAUUUUGCAUUGUCUACCAGGUUCUCAGUUUUGGAGGGUCUGUACUUCUUGAGAUAAAUUCUUUCUUUCAUUUAUUUUGCACUAUUUCUUCUUUUAUUUAUUUCAUAUUAAUUGAUAAUAAUCAUCACUGUAGUUUUGAAUAUAUAAUGAUUAUAAAUCAUCAUCAUCGUGAGUAUUAUUUAGUGCCCUGCUUCUUGGCUUCUCUUUCCUUUUCUGACUUGGAAGUUUUGAGCCAAGUACAUGUAGUUAUUACUGCCACCUAUUGUCAUGUACAUAUUAAAUAAAUAAUUAUUCUCUGCAAAAGAAAAUGAGAACCAAUUAAUGCCCAAAGGUCUAACACAACAUCUAGUCAAAAUAUAUAUUUC